AUGGAUACAGUCUAAUAUUUCUAUUACCCUAUUGGGUUUAAAUUGUACUAAAAGUAUUUAGAUGAAGAUAGUUAUCUUGCAAAGUUUUGUAGUUAAACAGAUAAGAUGAUUUUAUUUAACCAUUAAAAUAUUGAAAAUUACGAUUACUCUAAUUCAAAUAUUAUAAAUUCAAGAAAGAUUUAUAAGUUUUCCUUUUAACUCUCAGUUUUAAUUAGAGAAAAUCAUUUCUUUGCUGAUUUUAAAAACUAUUUGAAUGCAAUGAUGAAUAAGAAGAAAAUUUUGAAUGAUGAUGUAAUUUGUAAUGAAUCAGUGGAAGAUGAUAUUUUAGGCAAAUUAUUAAUGACCUACUCAUAAUUUAAAGAAAGAAACUUUGGCUAGAUAUUUAGAACAAGAGAUGCUGCUUUCGUAAGAAAAUGGCUCUUGAGAAUUUACCCAGCUUAGGAAAAAUAUAUUAAAAAAUUAGGCUGCGUUUAUAUCUACGUUGAUGAAGAUGAUCUUGAACUCUUAAGAUAAAAUAAACUUCUUCAUCCGCUCUUUUAUAAAAUUGGAUUUACUACUAGAGAUCCUAGAUAAAGAGUAAUGGAGGAAAUUGUCAAGUGCUAGAAAAUUUUCAUCCUUGUAGAUGCAUUUUACACAUACUAUCCUGAAUAUUUAGAAUUUUACAUGCACUGCUAUUUCCAUAAGCAAAGACUAAGAGUUGAAUAUGAUAAUCCAAAAAUAAUAGAAAGAGGUGAAGGAAAUCCAGGUUUAUCAGAGUGUUUUUAAGUAUCCUACAAAGAAAUCUUAAUCUUAUUACUCAAAUUAAAAAGCUACUUGGUCAGUCUAUAUGAAGAUUGUGAAGAAACUUAAAAAUUUUAACUCAGAUUUUCUCAUCAAAAUUGGUUUUGGAAAAACUUACAUGAAACUAGUGCAAAUUUUUUUGAGUAGAUAAAAGAAAAAUGUGAUCAAUAAAAAAUAUGA